GCCUUCCCGCGGGGCCCAGGGCGGGGCGGCCCCGCUUUCGCUUUCAUUUCACCUCGGCGGCCAGGCCGGGGCGGAGACCGGAGCCGGGGCCGCAGGGCCGGUGAGGGCCCGGUGUGGCGGGGCCCGGGCAGCCGCCGCCGCGGGCAUGGCUGGGCGCACGGUGUGGGUGCAGGGCUUCCCCGCCGAGCUGCCCCCCGAGAGGGCGGCCGACAAGCUGACCAUUCACUUCCAACGCACCCGCAACGGCGGCGGAGACGUUGCCGAGGUCCGGGUGCUGCCCGGCUCCCCGCCCUGCGCCCUCAUCACCUUCGAGGUGCCAGAAGUGGCCCAGAGGAUCCUGAAUGUGAAAAACCACGUGCUGGCCAUCGGGAGGACACGGUACCCGCUGGAGGUGAUACUGCACCCUGCAGAGCUGAGCCCUGAUGAGAUCUUCAUCGCUGCCUGCAUGACAAUUGACUAUAGCAGGCUGCCCAUGGGCAAAACCCUCCUGAGGGACUUGCAAAAGAACAGCAAUGUGCAGCUCAGCUUCGACUCCAAGAAUAUGCACUGCAUAGUCCAGGGACCUUUCACUCAGCUGCAGAUCUUGAGCCAAGACCUGCUGGACAGCCUGCAGCUCAAGAAUCAAAGUGUUGGCGAGAUCUUCCGGCCAGGUUCCAGGUGUUCGUCCGAAGAGAUGGGAAUGCAGGAGCACCAGCAAGUGCUUGACUUCAUUCAGUCAGCACAAGAGACAGCAAAGCUGCCAAAUGGGGACCAGGUGCAUGAAACAGCAGCUAAAGUCCCAUCACCUCAGAGCCCCGUGAGGGGGGAAGCUGUGGAGGACUUCUCCCUACCAAUGGACUUGGACAUCUAUUUGUACAUGCAGAAGGUCUGUGCUGCUGAGUACCAAGGCGUGCUGCGCCAGCACCACGUGGAAGUGGUGGAUGUCAUGGCCAAUGGCACCGCUAUCUUGUACCUCCGGCCAGCUGGAGGUGGCACUGGGAACAGGAAUGCCCUGCGCCAGGCCCACCUGGCCCUGCAGCAGCUCCACCAGCAGCUGAAGGCGAGCCUGCACAAGGAGAAGAUUGCCAAGGAAAGGCUGGGGAUGGACAGCCAGGAGCUCACGGCUCUGACAUGUGAGCUGCAGCAGCUGUGCCCCCAGUUGCUCUGCCACGAGGAUGGGAAGAAUCUUUAUCUUCUUGGAAAGCCUAUUGAUGUGUCCCAGGCCAAGCAGUUCCUUCAGGAUUCUGUCACCAGGAGAAGUGCUGCACGCACGGUGAGCCCGCUGAGCAGCUCCCAGCCCUCUGGCACCACAGAGGCUGCACUACCCCUGCCCAAAGAGCCUGUGGGUACUCCAGCCAGAAGGCUUAGCCCAAGCAGGCUGGAGGUGAAAGGUGAGUUCAAGCUAGCUGCCAACUUCAGCACCCUGAAAGGUGACGGAUCUCAGGCUGGCCAGGGCCUCUUGCUGAAUCAGGACUCUCCACUGGAGGGACAGCUGCAGCUUUCUGGGCAACAUUCAUUAGAGACAGAUGCUCCUGCUCUGAGUGCACUGAGCCAGCAGCAUCGGCCUCACACCCCAAUGACAGAUAAAGUUCUGGGGUCAGCAGCAGAGCCUCAGCAGAACAGACCCACAGAAAGGGACCAUGUGGAAGGAGGUGCCAGACGCACAGGCCAAAAGGUGCUGUUGCCCUGUGCAGGCAAAGAAAGCAGCACUUUUCAGCGUCCUGAGGAUUCUAAAGGCUCAGAUCCUACUGGGCACCACCCCCUCACUGCCUCCUCCAGCAUCUCUGAUGGGACACUGCUCUCUGCAUCCAAGCUGCAACAGUCCAACAUCUCCCUACAAGCUGCAGAGGAAAACAACAGCAAGUUGAGAGAGGACAUGACCCUGGACUUUCUGCAGUGGUUUUACCUGAAGGCUAUCUACCCAGACACUAUCUCUGAGCUGUGCAAGAAUGAAGGGCUGUAUGUGUUGGAGUGCGACGGUGGGAACCGCACACUGCUGAUGCUGCAGGCAACAGACAGCAAAAGGCUGUCCCAGGCUAAACUGAAGGUGGAAAACCUUGUGCAGAUGUGCCCUGACUUGGUCUGUGGGAAUAUGAGCUACUCAGAUCUCAAUGUCCCUGGUCCAGAUGACAGUGACCUGAAUGAACUGUGCAGCCUCUUGCAAGGAAAAUCCUUCCAGGUUUGCUUCAGAAAACACAAGGACAAGCUCUUUUAUGUCUGCCCCAGGGAUGUGCUGCCAGGAGUGUAUGAGGCUUUCCAGAUGUUUUCUUCCAGGAGGCUCUCUGCCAUGAAGUCUUUAUCUAUGUCUGCUGCAUCAGAGAGUCCAGGGAAAUCAAGCAUCAUGCAGCCAAGCAGAAGCCAGGACGCAGUGCUGGAUGCAGCCCUUUCUGGCAGCCCGAAUUCCCUACAGCCCGGGAAUAUCAGCAAUCAAGUACACUCUAAACAUGUGUCCAGGGCUUCCUGCAUGCCAGAGGCUGAGAAAAAGAGGGGCUCCAGUCCUUUGAGGUUCCAGCAGGCUUGGGGGCAGGAGAAGGCCGGGGACCAUAUUGAUUCUGUGUCUGGGAGAGGAGGAAGCAGCUUUCUGGGCCUUGGUGCAGGGGAUAAGCCAAGUUCUCCUGGCCUAAGGGAGUCCCAGGAACCAAGGAAGACAAAACUGUUUCUGGGGGAGCCUGACACCACCAGAGUCAAACAAGUCUUGCCAGACAGAUUCCAGCUUGCAGGAGACAAGAGCAGAGGGGGCCACCACAAAGCAAUGGGACAGCAGCACUCUCCAGUCCCUGCAGCUGAUGGAGCUCCUCACUCUCUGUCCCCCAGGCUAGCCAGGGCCACGGCUGCUGAGCCACCACCAACUGUGGUCCAACAGGCACCUGCAGCAGAGCCCACGAAUCAGGGGAGGGCCCAGCUCCCAAGGGGCAGGACCAUUGAGCAGGAGGAGCCUGAGCUUCCAUCACAGCAGAGAAGAGACCCCAGCCUUGGACAGAAAAGCACCACAAUCCUUCCGUGCCCGUGUCAUGUUUGCCACUGCGGCAAUGUCUCAAGCAGGACACGUUUUGCAGCAGACAGACCCUCCUCAGCUGUCCCAAGCUGCAAGAUCAGGGGGACAGUGAAGGUCUGCUCCUUGUCUCAGAGCCUGCCUGGAUACCCUCAGACCGAAACACUUCAGGUUGUUUACAGCAUCCCUGAUGGCGUGCAGGGGGUUGGGGACCCUCGCCCAGGACAGCCUUACAAAGGGGGAGUUUUCUGUGCCUUCCUGCCUAAUAACGAAGAAGGGAUGAAGACAGCAGAGCUGAUGAGAGAGGCAUUUGAACGUGGGCUGACAUUCCAGAUCAAGUCCUGCAAUGGAGAAGAAAGAGUAACUUGGGGAUUUAUCCCCCACAAAACCUCCUGCGAUGGAGGCAAAGCCAGGAAUGGCUACCCGGAUGACGAGUACCUCAGUGAGGUCAGCACAGUCCUGAAUCAACUGAACCUUAUGUGAUUCUCCCUCAGCCACAGCCUGUGCCUCCCCCUUACCUUCUUUUUCUGCUGAGAAAACUGCAUCUUAACAGAGACAGCUCAGGAAAAUGCAGGUGUUUGUUGAAGGAGCUCCUGCAUUCCCCAGACAUAGCCAGAAAUCUGCACAUUAACAAAGAGCAGCACCUCUGUCCCUGGCCCAUGCAGGCCUCUGCAUGGAUCAGUGCUUCCCAAAAACUCCAGCUCCUCUUGGAUGCGUGUCCUGCCAGCCAGUCACAGAGCUGAUUUCAGCUGAGCCUCGUGUGGCUUUCAGUAGCAGACACAAACCUGGGCACAAACCAGUCUGCACCUAGCUCAGCCUCAGCUUCUGGAAGUCUCUUCCACCUCCUGCCCCUACAGGCGGAUGAACUGUCCUCAGUGUCAGCUCUUCAUGCUGGCAGCCCCACGCUCCAGCCCCUCCCCAGCCCCUGCUCUGAGGCCAGCAGGUGACCUGGUGCUCUCUGGAGGAGAACAUGAACAGCUGCCUCCCAGGGACAGAGUCUCUGCUCACAAAUAAAAGGAAUUAAUCUCAUGUUUGGUAGUGGCUGUUC